UCUCUUUGGUUUAGAAAAGCAUCAGUGUUUGUCCUGUGUGAUAGCCCUAAAAAGACCGCAGUCGUGUUUUAACAAAUCUUAACAGUAGUUCUCUCUCAGCCUGUGGGAAUCGAGAGAUAUGAAAAGGCUCAAGGUGGGAGACGAUUUGAGUCGGCAGUAUUAUCUGGCUAAACAAGACGCAGUACAACCGUCAAGAGGCAGGCUGUGGAUGGGAAUAAAAUGUGUUACAGUGGUAAAGCACUUCAAGAACUUGAAGCAGCCCAGACUUCGAUAAAGCAGCCCAAAUCACUACCGCUGCUAGAAAGAAUCGCAACUUUGGGAAUCUCAUAUUUACACAUACCUCCGAAACAUAGGAUAUUUUAUUUCAUUUUUGUGGUGUUGUUUAUGUCCUUUAUGGGAGAUAGUGUAGAGAUACCCCACCUACUACUUUUGACUGGCAAGAAAAGUACUCUUAAUCAGGUUUUUGUGAAACUUGGAUGGGCAUGGACUUUCAGCAGCUUUGGCAUCUUCAAUCUUCUAUCUCUGCUAAUCCACAAAGAUUGGAUCAAAAGGAUGAAGUGCUUUGCUGUGCGUCUAGCUGUCACAACGUUCUUUUUUUACUUAUGGUGCACGGUCACCUUUCCUACCAUUGAGAGGUAUACUGGCUCCUGUGUCCACAAAGGUAUAUCAUUGAACUUCACCAAACGAGAAUGCGUAAAACGACCAGAGCACGAGUAUAUCUCCUUCGAUAUCUCCGGCCAUUCCUUCCUGCUGAUCUACUGCAUUAUGAUCAUAAUGGAAGAGAGCAAAGAUAUAUUAUACUUCCUUCAGCUCAGCAGACAUUUCCGAGGAGCUCCUACCAUAGAGGGAAAGGAAGCUCCAGGGAAGGAGGUGAAGAACCUAGAAAAAGUAUUUAAGAUAAUGUCUCCAUUGAUCAUCCUGGCUCUUCUCUCCAUGGUGGCACUUUCUCUGCUCUGGGAUUUUAUGUUGAUUAUAACAACUAUUUAUUACCAUUCAUUGUCGGAAAAGUUACUCGGCACAGUUCUUUCUCUUGGCAUGUGGUAUAUUUUGUACAAGAGGAUCUUUAUUGUUUUACAUGAAAUAUUGUAGUAAAGUGUAGAUAGAAAACAUAUAAAGAGUACAAGAAGAAAUUUUAAAUUUUGCAAUCUUUGAAUUAGCAAUUUUCUCUUUUGGUUAUAUCCAUCUUUGUCAUUGGGUAUGCUUAGGGACUAGUAAAUUUUAACAAAAAAUGUAUAUAUUUAUUUGUAUAUAUUGUGUGGACACAUUUUCAUUCGUAAGUAUGAUAAAUCAUACUAUGAUAAUCAGAAAAGUAUCUAUGUAAAAUUAAGUUUUUUCUUUAUUUCAUUGGUACAUCAAUGUAUUUUUUCAUUCUGUUCUAAGAUGACUCAAUUUGUUAACUUAUUUAUUUAAUGAGGAUGCUAUGCAAUUAUUCUGUAAGCCUUUUGUAAAACCGAGAAGAAAUAUAUUUUUAGCUUUAAUACAUAUAGCGCUCAAAUAAAAUAUAAUAAUUUU